UAAAAACCGAAAAUAGUUCUCAUGGCCCGCCUCUAAACUGAUACGCGGCGUAUCUGGGAGGUAAACCUAUAAAACAACGGUUCCCGAAUCAGUUCAGUCAGUCGCUAAGCUAUUCAGCUCCGAGUUCUUUCUGUCUGUGCAUCUGUGUAACGUAAAUCAGACAACAUGUGUGACGACGAUGUUGCGGCUCUUGUCGUUGACAAUGGUUCCGGUAUGUGCAAGGCCGGUUUCGCUGGGGAUGAUGCCCCACGUGCCGUCUUCCCAUCCAUCGUAGGUCGCCCCAGGCAUCAGGGUGUGAUGGUCGGUAUGGGACAAAAGGACUCAUACGUUGGAGAUGAAGCCCAAAGCAAGAGAGGUAUCCUCACCCUGAAAUACCCCAUUGAACACGGUAUCAUCACCAACUGGGACGAUAUGGAGAAGAUCUGGCACCACACCUUCUACAACGAACUCCGUGUAGCCCCAGAAGAACACCCAGUCCUCUUGACCGAAGCCCCAUUGAACCCAAAAGCCAACAGGGAAAAGAUGACCCAAAUCAUGUUUGAAACCUUCAACACCCCUGCCAUGUACGUCGCCAUCCAAGCCGUACUCUCCUUGUACGCUUCCGGUCGUACCACCGGUAUCGUCUUGGACUCCGGUGAUGGUGUCUCCCACACCGUACCCAUCUACGAAGGUUAUGCCCUCCCCCACGCCAUCCUCCGUUUGGACUUGGCCGGUAGGGACUUGACCGACUACCUCAUGAAGAUCCUCACCGAGAGGGGUUACUCUUUCACCACCACCGCUGAAAGGGAAAUCGUCCGUGACAUCAAGGAGAAACUCUGCUAUGUCGCUUUGGACUUCGAGCAAGAAAUGGCCACCGCUGCCGCCUCCACCUCCUUGGAGAAGUCCUACGAACUUCCCGACGGUCAGGUCAUCACCAUCGGUAACGAGAGAUUCCGUUGCCCUGAAGCUCUCUUCCAGCCUUCCUUCUUGGGUAUGGAAUCCUGCGGUAUCCACGAAACCGUCUACAACUCCAUCAUGAAGUGCGAUGUUGACAUCCGUAAGGACUUGUACGCCAACACCGUCCUCUCCGGAGGUACCACCAUGUACCCAGGUAUCGCCGACAGGAUGCAGAAGGAAAUCACCGCCCUUGCUCCCUCGACCAUCAAGAUCAAGAUCAUCGCUCCCCCAGAAAGGAAAUACUCCGUCUGGAUCGGAGGAUCCAUCUUGGCCUCUCUGUCCACCUUCCAACAGAUGUGGAUCUCCAAACAGGAAUACGACGAAUCCGGCCCUGGAAUCGUCCACCGCAAAUGUUUCUAAGUCAAUUGAUUUUACAUCUUUUGUCAUCAUGUUGUUAUAUUGUAUUGUACUUAAAAACCCUUUUGUAUUGACGCGACUUUUGAUGCAAACGCCACCGUGCAGACAAGAACCGAAUAACUUGAAGAACUCAGCCGCAGCAGGCCUCAGAAGGACUUGUUUAAUAGCCUGACUCAAUUUAUUUCAAACAAUUGCCUAUUUAUUUAAAAACCAUCUAAGUUAUUUUAUUUAUUAUAUUUAUUAUUAUCAAUGUAUUUUUUUUAAAUAAAUUUCGGCAAUAUUUGUAAGUUAUAUUUUGAUUAAAUGAGUUUCAACGGAAA